AUGGACGGCAUCGACAAGAUUCUAUACCCUCUAAGCGAAUUGCCGCUUAUCUGGCAUAGUAUCUCAGCGUUAUCGGCACACCCGCAGAUAUGCGAAAUCGUCCUAGUCACCUCAAGAGGCAGAAUCCUUCAGAUGAAUACGCUCUUGAGCGACAAUGGAUUUACCAACUCUGUCAUAGUGUGUGAGGGCGGCGAACGCAGGCAGGACUCCGUGCGGCAAGGCCUGGAACGGCUCGGCGAUUGCGACCUAGUUGUGGUACACGAUGGCGCGCGCCCUUUCAUUACAUCGGAACUGCUUGACAGGGGCAUAUCAAUGGCGAGUCUUACCGGCGCCGCAACCGCUGCCGUCCCAGUUAAGGACACCAUCAAGGAAUCUGACGAAGAGGGCGUUGUUGUGCGAACCAUACCACGAGAUCGGCUCUGGUCAGUACAGACACCGCAGAUAUUCAGAACAUCGCUGCUCAGAAAGGCGCACAGUCUUGUGCAGGACAUCGUUACAGAUGACGCUUCUAUGGUGGAAGCGAUUGGACAUCCGGUUAAACUGUUCUUCGGCUCAUACUCCAACAUCAAGAUAACUACUCCCGAAGACCUAGCGAUAGCCGACGCCAUUAUGAAUCGCAGAGCCAAUACGAGUCUCCGCUCCGGCAUUGGCUUCGACGUACACCCAUUGGUUCAAGGACGCGCACUUGUACUUGGAGGGAUUACGAUUCCUUUCGAGAAAGGGCUUGCUGGCCACAGCGAUGGGGACGGACUGAUUCACGCAGUGAUAGACGCAAUACUGGGCGCGGCCGCGCUCGGCGACAUCGGAACGCACUUCCCGCCGGGCGACGACAGAUACAAGGGUGUUGCCAGUGGUAAACUGCUUCACAUUACUCUUGAACUGCUGAGGAGUAAUCGUUGGCGCGUUACCUUCGUUGAUGCUACAAUACUCGCCGAACGCCCAAUCCCUGAAGCCCCACAUGGGCAGCAUACGCGAGUCGCUCGCCGCCAUAUUACAACUGACAGAAGACUGCGUAAGCGUCAAGGCGACAACAACCGACGGUUUGGGAUUUAUCGGGCGCGGUGA